GACAUCGCACCAGUGUGCUAGCUCUCCUCCCAGGAUGUGAAAGGGGCAGGAAAAUAGACUUGCCUCUGCACGGCCCUCCCCGGCGGCUAGAAUGUUUCUCAUGAACGCCCCUCCUGUGGUGGCUCUCCAGUCGCAAUGGGAGGCCUUUGGCCCGCCGGGGGGCUUUAGGUUCCCCGGGUGCUUCUCAGAGCCGAAAGAGGGUGUGGCGAGAGCUUCGGUGAGCGCCAAGGUGCAGAUGCUCAUCAGCACGCUGCAGAGCGACGAGGCUGCUCUGGGCAUGAGCGAUGAGCACGCCCUGCAGAGAAGCCAGAGGGCAGAGAGAGGCCGCGACACCAGGCUGGCCGCCAGCCCCACAUUUGCAGCCUGUGGACUUGCUGCUGAUUUUGACUCCAAGGGGGAGAAGGGAGCCACAGACUUUGGCCCCUUGGUGCUGGAUUCAGAUAGUGAUGAUUCCGUGGACCGAGACAUUGAAGAAGCCAUCCAGGAGUACCUAAGGGCCAAGAGCGGGGCCGCCCAGCCACCCGGAGCCACAGAUGGGGACAGUCGGUGCAGACCAGAGCCUCAGAGCAGCGCCCCGACUCCCCUGUGUCCCCUAAAACCUGCACCGGGCUCCGGAGGUGUCCCUGGCAGCCACGGGGGAACCAGCGAGGACCAGGGCUCCGCCUCCCCGGUUAGUGUGAGCAGCGACGACUCCUUCGAACAGAGUAUCCGGGCAGAAAUAGAACAGUUUCUGAGUGAGAAAAGACAACACGAGACCCAAAAAUGCGAUGUUCCUGCAGAUAAAAAAACAGACCCCAACGGCAAUUUGGCGAAAUUGUCAUUCAGAUCCAGCAAAGAGCCACAUCAUCAGCAGGAUCUGACGGGAGCUUGUAAGGAGUUUGUCUUCCGGAAACCUCCCAGGUUAACAAAGGUGAGCGCACAGCCCAGGGGCCUCAGGUCUCAGGUCACCACUGAGCCGGAGGGCUUGGGCGGCACAAAGCCAGCAGCCCCCAAGCCCGCCGCCGCCUGCCGCCCUGCAGAAGCAGUCCAGAGUAAAGGGGCCAAGAGGAGCGUCGGCCUCAGGAGGGGGGGAAGGCGAGUCAGGAGCGCAGCCCUGGUGCGUGAGGCGUCCGACUCCAGCAGCGACGACGGCAUCGAGGAGGCCAUCCAGCUGUACCAGCUGGAGAAGAGAAAGGAGGCAAGUGGGGACCCGCUGCGGAAAACCCCGCCUGGAGAGGAGAAGGGGCCUGACCCCCCUGCACACAGCACAAGCCCCUCCAUGAAAAGUGCCUUGCCUGAAACCCACAGGAGAACACCGAGCAAGAAGAGGCCGGCGGCCACAAAGGCCAUGGACCUCAGCCCAGGUGGCCUUAACCCUGACCAUCCCUCCAAGCCACUGAAGGAAACCAAAGCUGCACCCCCAGUAAACACAGCUGCCAAAAGCGAGUCUGCGGACCGGUCUUCGUGCCGGGCAGACACGUCUGCCGAGCUGAUGUGCGCUGAAGCCAUCCUGGACAUUUCCAAAACGAUCCUGCCGGCCCCCGAGGAGGGCAGUGACAGACCCCUGUCCGCCAGCCCGUUCUUCCAUCCCCUGAACGUGCCUUCCCACUCCGACGGCGACAGCAGCUCCGUGGACAGUGAUGACAGCAUAGAGCAGGAAAUCCGGACGUUUCUGGCUCUGAAGGCUCAGUCGGGGAGUCUGCCGGCCAGAACGGAAACCUGCCCGCAGUCCGCACAGUGCCCACUGCCGUCGCCUGGCCCCCACGGCCAGGCUGGUGGCCUCAAGGCUUCUGUCUCUAAAACGCUGGACUUAUCGCUGGGCUGCAGAAGAAAACGCAGAGGGGGCAGCAGCGCUGCGCGGCCGUGCGCGCCCAAGAAAAUGAGGGAGACGGCGAAGGAGGGCGCCCAGGACGCUGAGCACAGCCAGCGGAAAACACAGCCCGGCCAGGAAAAAGGCAGCGAGGCCCCUGGAAGGGAAGGCGAGAGCAGGGGCCAGCCUCUGCCCUGCAGGACUGUCGAGCUGGGUGACGAGCUCGUGGCCCCGGAUGCGAGAGGCGGCGCGUCGCCAGGCCACGGGAAGGCAGCUGAGGCGAGGCGCGGAGACGAGAAGGAGAGCUCCGACGACAAGAGCAGCUCGCUGGACAGCGACGAGGACCUGGACACCGCCAUUAAGGACCUGUUACGGUCCAAGCGAAACCUCAGAAGGCGGAGUAAGGAGCCCCGAGCUGCGUGCAAGAAGAGGGUCAGGUUCAGCACCACCGAGACGCAGUUCUUGGGUAAACUGGGCUGCUUCCAGAAAGACUGGAAAGACAAGAGCCCGCACUUGUUGAAAAGCUGCCUCUCAAAGCCCAGAAAAGAUGGCAGGGAGAACCCGGGGAGAAAACCCGUGAGCGUCUUCUGCAGAGAAACAGAGGGAACAAAGGCAGACGGCGCCGGGCCCAGGGAGGUGCCCCCAGCCCUCUGGUUAAGGAGAAGGGCCUCGGAAGGGACUUUGUUCUCCAGGGGAACGGAAGCCCGGGAAUUUCAAGGCUCAGCCCCCAGCCCCGGUUCCCUCUCGGACGACAGCAGUUCCGUGGACAGCGACGACAGCAUCGAACUGGAGAUUCGGAAGUUUUUGGCAGAAAAGGCCAAGGAGGCCGUGAGCGGGUCAGAAAUUCCAGGAGGGGACCCCAUGGCUCUGGGGACGGGGAACGGGCCCGGGCCAGAGCCGCUGUGCCGAAAGGGGCCGCCACCUGCCCUGGCCCUGCAGCCCGGCAUAUGCACGCGGAGCCAGAGGGGCGGGGGGGCCUCCCAGCCGCCCGCGGGACUGCGGGGCGCCGGGAGAGCCUUCAUCCCCGGCGGGAGGAGCAGCCCCCGCGCCGAGCAGGCCGGCCUCCCUGCAGCCCUGGCCAGAGGGGAGCUGGCAGUGCCCAGGAACGCCAGUGGGACUGUAUCAGCCAGAGGGUCACCAGCUGGUAGGAGAAACGCUUAUGCUCACAAAGACCAGAGCCCUCGAGGAGCCGAGCCCGCCGCUGGGGACAGUGCUUUCGGGCAGCUGCCGAGUGGGGCAGAAGCUGGCACCUGGGCCGAGAGCCCUGCUGGUGCUUUUCCCGGGACCCCUCGGAGCCAGGGCUCACUGACUCGGAACCUGGGAGCCAAGAGGGAAGGGGGACCCCCCACCAGCCUCGCCCUCCCGUGGAGUGACUUCGCCCACCAGAGUCAGCUGCAGAGCACAUGGGCGCUGAGCCCGGAAGGCAGAGAGGCAGCGUGGAAAGGGGGCCUCGGGAGCGAGAGGGAGGGGGGGCCGCAGGGCCAGAGCUCGCCCAGCCUCGCCGUGGACCCCAAGAAAGCCCUGCCCUUUGCAGGCUUCUCUCCGCUGCUCUCCACGCAGUUAUUUCACUUUGGAAAGAGUGUCUCCUGGGGGGGCAAGCCGGCCAGCCUCUUCAGUGCCCCCCUGAGUCUGCCUCUGCAGGGCCCCUCCUUCUCGGCCUUCCGGGAGACCCAGGCCGGCCACGGCCCGGUGUUUGGAGGCCCGCACUUGCUCAUGAAGAAGGAAGGUGGAUACUGGCCGAGUAGGAAGUCCCAGGCGGGGCUCAGUUUGCAGGACAGGAGGAACUCGGGUCCAGAAGAGAACCUUCUAGACCUGCGGUAUAGACGGAGGGUGGCGGACAGGGAGGAGGAAGACCCGGAGGCCUUGGGCAGUGACGCCAGUGAAUUCAGUGACACCUCCGUGGAGGAGGGCAGUGGCCCGCUGGCACAGGGCAAAGUCCUCAAGCUGUGAGUACACUUCCUGGUUCUCAGUGAGUUGGUGGAAAGCGUAUACAUGUGCGUGUAUC